GCAAUGGAGAAUAGGACUGCUGCAGUCACUGAGUUCAUCCUUUUGGGAUUCACGAACGUCCGAUGGCUACAAAUUCUCCUAUUUGUGCUGCUCCUCAUCACCUACUUCUUGACCGUGGUGGGUAACAUCCUUAUCAUCUUCAUCACAUUGUCUGACCAACGCCUCCAGACACCCAUGUAUUUCUUCCUCAGGAACUUCUCUCUCUUGGAAAUUGGUUUCAUCUCUUCUUCCAUCCCCAAGGCUUUGUUCAACCUGGCCUCUGGCAACAACACCAUUUCUGUUACUGGCUGUUUUACACAGUCCUUUUUCUAUUUCAUUCUGGGUACCACUGAAUUCUUCCUCCUGGCCUCAAUGUCUUUUGACAGGUAUGUUGCCAUCUGUAAUCCCUUACGCUAUACAACAGUCAUGAAUGGCCAGUUCUGUGCCCAGUUGGUGCUGGGUUCUUGGAUAGUCAGUUUCCUCUACCUUUUGAUUCCUCUGGUUUUGUUGUUUCGUUUACCUUUCUGUGGUCCAAAUGUUAUCAAUCACUUCUUCUGUGACAACAUACCAUUAGUAAAGCUUGCCUGCACCAAUACUCAGUCCCUAGAACUGCUGGAUUUUCUCCUAGCCACAUUUAGUGUCUUGGGAACUUUGACCGUGACUGUAGUUUCUUACAUUAAGAUUAUUUCUACCAUCAUGCACAUCCGUUCAACAACAGGGAGACAAAAAGCCUUCUCAACUUGUGCUUCCCACAUUACGGUUGUCUUCAUCACCUAUGGGAGCUGCAUUUUCAUGUACGUGAAGCCGAGGCAGAAUGGAGGAUUAGACCUCAGCAAGACUGUGGGUGUUCUUAACAAUGUGGUCUCUCCUUUGCUCAACCCAUUCAUCUACAGCUUGAGAAACAAGCAGGUCAAAGAUGCCUUGAAGGAUGCUUUUAGACAGAAACGAAUAUUUUCUGUAAUCCCCAGACACUAA